AUGAUAGUGCUAUUGAAGAACAAAGUUGUCAAAGUCGGAAGCAAGAGUGAUGAGCCAGGAAAACGGUGGAUCAUACCUGGCAUCACUUUUACUGCCGCUCGACUCUCCGGCACCGCCAACUACGUGGGAGCUGCAACGACCGAUCCCCUCUCCGAUCCCCUCUCCGAUCCACUCUCCGAUCCCCUCUCCGAUCCCCUCUCCGAUCCCCUCUCCGAUCCCCUCUCCGAUCCCCUCUCCGAUCCCCUCUCCGAUCCCCUCUCCGAUCCCCUCUCCGAUCCCCUCUCCGAUCCCCUCUCCGAUCCCCUCUCCGAUCCCCUCUCCGAUCCCCUCUCCGAUCCCCUCUCCGAUCCCCUCUCCGAUCCCCUCUCCGAUCCCCUCUCCGAUCCCCUCUCCGAUCCCCUCUCCGAUCCCCUCUCCGAUCCCCUCUCCGAUCCCCUCUCCGAUCCCCUCUCCGAUCCCCUCUCCGAUCCCCUCUCCGAUCCCCUCUCCGAUCCCCUCUCCGAUCCCCUCUCCGAUCCCCUCUCCGAUCCCCUCUCCGAUCCCCUCUCCGAUCCCCUCUCCGAUCCCCUCUCCGAUCCCCUCUCCGAUCCUCACUCCGAUUCCCUUUCCACGAUCCUUAAAAAUCUUAUCCCGAAUGGGUCCCUGUGCCUGAGACCGUCGUCAGUCUAG